CGCACGACCUACGCGACACUAGUGACACCCCACGAACGACCCAGCGUGUUAUCCGUUGCUUGUUCACUGCAAGCAUGUUGAAAUCGCGAGAUGAUUCUGGGGGUCGCGUUGUGAUGUUGUGAUACACGUAUGUUGUUGGAUUCCGUAAACGAUCGUUUAGUCACCACACUCUGCCUGACAACCAUGCAUCGUAGGGCAUAAAAUGACAAUGAACCUCAUCCGCUGGAGGUGGAAACGUCUUCUCCUUCUUGCCUCCUGUGGCACCCUCCUCUUCUUAUUCUUCAACUAUAUUCUCAAAGCAGAAGAACCUAAUGGCUGUGGAAAUACGUCAGAGACACGACCGUGCCUUGAAACCCUUUUCCCUAGGGUAAUCUCGGCAUUGGAAGCGCUCGGCUUGUCUGCUUACCUCUGUUACUUCUCUCUCUGGGGCGCUCUCAAACUGGGAGGACCACUGCCCUGGAUGAGCAAAGCUGAAGUGUGUUUACGCAACGAAGAGUUGUUACACAUCGAUGAGGGGCAGCUUUUAAAAACAUUCAGACGCUGGGGAACAGCGGCACUGUAUGACUCCGCAAAUGGCUUGUACAGGGUGAAGCUGACUGACGACAGUCGCCCGUGUGAAGCGUAUCUGUAUGUCUUCGAGGAAGACAAAGCCAUGAGAGUUGUGAGGCGUGUAGGGUGGAAGAACAGGUUGCUACCACCUGGAGCCUGCGAGGUGCUGCAUUGCUUUCCAUCAUCCCUCAUUGUCCCUCCUCUGAAAGAGCUUCAAUUCUUAGGCAAAAGCAUUGCAGUGCCGAGAGAGGGUUUCGAAAUUCAAAAGUACUUGUUUCCCGAUUCUUGGUGGAAAGAAGUGGAGCCCCCAAAAUGCGCUACUUAGCAAAGAUGCAUGCCUAAUUGACCUUAGAAGACUUUGCCUGCAUGGAAUUAACUCUUUUCUCCUCAACUCUAGUGCACACUCUUUACGCAAAUUUCCCCCGCGGAAUUGGUGAUCUGUUACCUACAUCACCGUGCACAGUGUGAUACGAUACUAUGAACACUUACCGGAAUGCUGAUACACAUUAUCUGCUUGAGGAGCCAGUUCGUUAUGCUGCUGAAUUGUGGCAAGUGCGACUGUGUUGUCUUCAGAGAUGGGUGACAGUGUCACGUAGCAAAGUUUGCAUGCUCUACAAAUCAAUCAAUCAACCAACCAACACGAGGACAAAUCAACAAAUGUGUGUUACAAUCGUGUGCACAUCGUUCAGCAUGAAGCACAGGAUGACUACGUCGAGCAUUUUCUCUCUAGUCUUACAUACUUUGCAACAUUUAUGAGCGUUACAAAUGCAAUCUUGAAGCCAUCCAUGUGGAAAUGUAUAAAAGAGGAACUAUUUGUCAGAAGAUUCAAUUACUGGAUAUAUUACUCGAUGAUCUCACGUGCCUCGCUUUACAGGAAACUAUGUACAUUUUUUUAAACACUGGAGGUUUGCAAAGUGCAUGACUGCACUCCCAAGACAGCGUGCCUAAAAUCUGCUGUCAAAUAUAGUGUGGUAAACAUGCUACCCACCCCCACCCCCAAAUUGUCGUCGUCCACAAUUCAUCCACCUAUUAUGAACUGGAGAUGCAGAGCUCACUGGUGUCUAAUACUCUGAGACUUCUUGCAAUAUUGACACUCACCAGUAGGCACAUUGUUCGAUUCAUUAGCAGAAAUUAAUACUUGCAUUGACUGAGUUGAGUGUAUGGUGGAGUUUUCCAACUUUCUGGAAAACACCUUUUUGGUGACACCUCUCAGAGAACCUCCGGAAAUCUCAAAAUUUUCCAGAAAUUGAGGGCUCUGGUGAGCUCCUCCUGAUUUUUACCAAAUGAAAACACCGUAAAGUCUGAACGCUACAUGCGAGAUAUACGUUCUGACAAUGUGUCCAAACCUUCAUUGGUUCCCAGUAUUUCGUUGGAAUGUCACAAAAUGUGCGGGUGGCACGGACUUCGAUUUAAAAAAAAGGAAAAAGUCAGCUGGAAGAAUGCUGUAUAGUAGCCUUGUGCUGAAGCGAGCCCCUGCACCCCCCCCCCCCCGAUUUGCAUUGCCCGCCUUGAAGUAGUGAACGUUCCAAAGUGCAAAUUACGAGCUCUGCAGAACAUCUAAACAAUGUGCACUCAGCACCUCUUGUUCAUCUUAAAGGCAAGAAGUCGAGCACUUUGCUGUCAUUUUCGACUCGAAACUGCCCAAGUUUGCCCUGUUCUACAGUUCCUGAAGCAAGCAGUCAGUAUUGCCCCCCACCCUCUAUUUUCUGUACAAACCUGGAAACUCGAAUCUAUCAACUAAGUCGAACUCGUGUAAUUCGCACUAAGCGAAUAGAAAAGGAGUGUUUUUCUAUCAGCCAGCUGUUGUAGGGGUGUCCGCUUAUAUCCUGUUGUUCACACGAGUUAAGACCUGCGUAUGCCAGGCACCUUUCGAGGCUAGCUGUGGGCACUUGUGUCUUACGUGUCCAAGUUUUGUGAACUUUGGAUGAUAGGAUAGCAUAGAAACUUCCUGCUGCAACUAGAGAUAAGAAUACUGUAGAAAAAGGAGGUGUACAUAUUCGUGCACUACAAUAGAGGCAACAGUCACAACUGUAUGAUGUACACAUCACCACGGUACAUGGUCUGUUCCGUGUACCCAACAUUCAUGUUCGCAUGCGCUGCUCACUUAAGAUAUGGUAGGAUUCUCUUGCAAGAUGCCACAUGUCUACAAGAUGUACUAUUAGGAGAGUCACAUGAGCAGGGAAUAUUAGUCAAAGCACUCUCCAGGACACUAGGAUGCCAUUUUGUUAAGAGGAGUCUGCAAAUAUGCAAUAGGAACUCCUUGUGUUCUUUUGCUAGUGGUUACUGCUGUCACAUUUUACACUGUGGCGUCGCACGAGGUUGCACAUACAGUUCUUAUUGCCAUCUGUAUUUUAGGUAUUUCUCUCUAAGAAAUGCUGAAUAAAGAUAUUUAAUGUUA